AUGAAAUCCUUACUAACUAUCAUUUUCAUAUUUUGCUUGUUCGGCUACUGCAUGUCAGAAAAUACCGAAUGUCCUCUUAAUCUAUCCUGCGAUAGUUCCGAUACUAGUUGCUAAAAUGAGUUAAAUUAAUUUUAACAAUGUACUUCUACUAAAUGUGACUCAUAGAAAAUUUCAUCUUAAGAUGUUUAAGAAAUUUUUGACUGCUAUUAUAUAAAAUGCAAACCAAGCUAUCAACCAUUUUUAUCAGAAAUUUUGGACAUGUUCUAAUGUCUAAAUUUAAUAAUAUCUGAAGACAUACAAGAAGACUCAGAAGAUGGUGAAGUUGACUUGGAGAAAGUAAAAACCCAUCUUAAUAAAAGCAAAGAAGGUUAAUGUCUAGCUUAAAUGAUAACUGACUGCUAAGCCUCUUCUAAUGAAUGUAUUUCUAAUUUCUAUAUUUAAAUAUAAUGUAUGUCUUCUUAAUGUCAACUCGAAGAUGAUCCUUCAAUGAGUGACAUAAAUAAAUGCAUUUAAAGCACUUGCUAAUCUAACUUUGAUGAACUUAAAAAGUUGAAUAUCUAAUUCUCAUAAUGCUUGCAACAAUUAGACAGCACUUCUUUUGGUACCUUACCAGGUGUUACUAUUUUAUUAGCCUUAUUCUUAAUAGUGAUUUGA